AUGGCACCUUAUGAAGCGUUGUAUGGGAGAAAAUGUAAGAGUCCCUUGUGUUGGAGCGAUAUCAGUGAGUCUUUGACUUUGGGGCCAGAAAUGAUUGAUGAAACAACGAAGCAAGUUAGGCUUAUCCAGGAAAACAUGAAGGCAGCUCAGGAUCGACAAAAGUCAUAUGCAGACCAGAAUAGGAGAAUAGUGGAAUUUGAAUUUGGGGAAAAGGCUUUACUUAAGGUUUCACCUACCAAGGGAGUCAUGCGGUUUGGUAGAAAAGGGAAGUUGAAUCCUAGAUACAUUGGCCCGUAUGAAGUAUUGAAGAGAGUUAGAGAGGUAGCAUAUCAACUAGCCUUACCCAUGGAGUUAGCCAACGUUCACAAUGUUUUUCAUGUUUCCCAACUCCGAAAAUAUGUUCAUGACCCUACCCAUGUUAUCCAACCCGAGUCUAUUGAGCUAGAUGAGACCUUAACUUUCGAAGAACGCCCUGUGAAAAUUCUCGACACCAAAACGAGAAGUACCCGAAAUAAGGCGGUAAAGUUAGUUAAAGUCCUAUGGUCUAAUCAGAAUUCUGAAGAAGCAACUUGGGAAGCUGAGCAUGAUAUGAAAAAACGUUACCCGGAACUUUUCGACCAGAGGAUUAGGCUAGAAGAUUCAUGGAUUAUGAACCUUAUCUUUUAUUCAAGUGCUUACGUGAUUUUUGACCUCGAGAAACUUUCUCAAGAUGAUGAGGAUUCUGCAGUCAAGCUAGUUAAUUUACUCAAGAAUCAUGUAGAGAAUUACCUGAAGAAACUGCCAAGAAGUGAGGCUAGCAUGGAAGUAAAGCUUAAGGGUGCACUAGAAGUGUUCGAGUGA